AUGACGUCUUAUGAAACAUCAACGAUACAACGUUUUACCGAUGACAAUAUUCUACGUUUAGAAUCAAUUGAUGAACAUGAAAAUGCAGAUGAACAUUUAUUACGAAAACAAUCGAAAGAUCGACUCCCAUCUCUUUUUCCACCAAUAACAGCACGUAAUACUGUAUCAGGAUUAGCAAUGGCAAAUAAUAGCAUGGAAUCACCAAGAUCAUCAGUUGCAGUCAAUGCAUUGGUUCGUGAAGCAGCUAAACGUUUUAGUUUACGACAAAAUUCAUCAAUUUCUACAGAUUCAUCACAAACAAAUGUGCCAAGUUAUGCUCGUCCCAAACGGAUAUCACAAUAUAAUUAUGUUCAACCAAGAAUUGAUACUGGCUUGCCACGUAAAGAAAGUAUAACUCGAAGAGAUAUGAAUACUCAUCAAUUAGGACCAACUCGUUCAAUAGAUUGGCUUUUAUUACAACAACAACUUGAACAAAAUAAAGAAAUAUGUACACAAGCAAAACAACUAAAAUUUAAUUCUGGUAUUACAUAUACAAAACAAUUAAAAACAUUGGUAUAUCAAGUUCAAUUAAAAAUUAGACAGUAUUUAUCAUUAACAAUGGGUCCCGGUGAAGAACGUUAUAAAAUAGUUGUUAAUAUUACUGUUUUUCCAAAAACAGCUUCGGGAUUAUUUAUUGGAUCAAGAUGUUUAUGGAAUACAGCUACGGAUAAAUCUAUUACAAUUCAAAUGGAAGGUGUUGAUUAUUUAUCCGUAGCUGUAUUCCAUAAACAUCUUGAUCCAAUAAAUAAUCCCGAAGCUGUUUUAGUUUAA